AUGAAAGGAUACAUCGCAUUUUUCAGUAUUAUAUCGGUAGCAAAUACAUUGCCACAAUAUGAUUAUAAGGUUCCAAGUAUUAUUAGAGAUGAAAAUCCGUUUUAUAAUGGGGCACCAUUAUCAUAUAAUGAUGCUAGUCCAAUUAAAACAAUAGUUACAAAACAAUUUUUUAUACAUGCUGCACCAGAUGAAGAAGAUGAAAUCGGUGCCGAUAAAGUUAUACAUAUUGGACCAAAACAAAAGCAUUAUCGUGUUGUAUUCAUAAAAGCACCACAUCAAAAUGUACAACCUGGUAGAAUAAAAGUUAUUUCUCCCGAACAUCAAGAAAAAACUGUUAUUUAUGUUUUAAGUAAAAAACCAAAUGUGUUUGAUAUCAAAACUGAAGUACAGCAAUCACAUAUAGAACCAACGAAACCUGAUGUUUUCUUUAUUAAAUACAAAACCAAUGAAGAAGCUGUUCAUGCGCAGAAACAAAUUCAAGCUCAAUAUGAUUCACUGGGUGGUACUACCCAAAUAUCAGAUGAAGGUGUUGCACCAUUAACAUCGGUUGUAGGUGCUUUGGGACAUUCAUCAAAUGAAGAAAAUAAUUAUAUAUCACCGGCAACGGCCAGUAUUACUGGUGCUUAUCUACCACCUAGUGAUAUCGCAACUACUACAGCAGCUAAUGUUUUAAAAGGUCUCCAGAUAUUCUUCAAAAAACGAAAUAAAAAAUAA